UCAUCCGUCAUUCCCCUCUCUAUUAGGCCAUCCGCUUCCGACCAAACGGCCUCUUUCCCCUUCUCCCUCUCUUCUCCUUCUCCUGCCUGUUCGCAUUCCUGUCACUAUCACUAGGCCCUAGUCCCGCCCCAGCUCCUCUCCCUGUAAAGAUUUCGUUCGUUCGUCUCUCGGAUUUCUGAUCUCGUUCUCCGUCCCCGAUUCCACCUGUGAAAAAUCUCGUCUUUGCUGCAAUAAGUAGCAGUAGCAGGGAGGAGUUUGUGCAGAGUUCCCUUUCCUUCUUUUCUUUUUUCUUCUCUUUUUUUUUUGAUCCGGAGAAGCCGAGUCCGUCAGUGGUUGCUUGCCACUAACGAAUCACGUUCGGAUUGCGUCCUCCGCUCCGUUCCGCUCCAAUCUAAUUCGGGGCCGCCUGGGAAGGAUUCGGGAAGGAAGGCACUAGUUUUUGUGCUUCCUUGGAUUCCACGGCAAACCCCGGGCUGCGAGGUCGGCGUCGUCUGCAUCCAUCGCAUUCCGGCGGGUUCCCAAGUAACCUUGCUGCGGGGACGAUGGUGUCGCAGGCUCCCAUGGCGGGGGCGGGGGCGGGCGUGGGCGCCACCCUCACCGCGGCGCUGUGCAAGAGGAGCAACCGCGUGGCGCGGGUGCUCGCGUACGCGCUGCUCGAGUGGAUCCUCAUCGCGCUGCUCCUCGCCAACGGCGUCUUCUCCUACCUCAUCUCCCGGUUCGCCGCCUUCUUCGGCCUCGCGCCGCCGUGUGCGCUCUGCUCCCGCCUCGGCGUCGACAGCCUCUUCGAGGCCCACUCCCACCCGCACCCGCACCACCGGGGCGGGGGCGCCGAGCCCCUGCGCCGCCUGCUGUGCGACGUGCACGCCGCCGAGCUGUCGCGACUCGGCUACUGCAGCGCGCACCGCCGGCUCGCGGAUGCCGGGGACAUGUGCGAGGACUGCGCCGCCGCGGCGGCGCCUGAGAAGGCGAUGCUGUCGUGGAUGGGCCGGAGCGAGCUUGGAGAGCGGGACCUCGCCUGUGCCUGCUGCGGCGUCGCGCUCGAGAGCGGCUUCUACUCGCCGCCGUUCUUGCUCACCGCGUCGGCGCCGCGUGGCUCGGAUUGUGCGCACAAGGAAGAGGAAGAGGCAGCGAGGCCAAAUGAAAACGUGGUCUUUGUCUCCGAGAAAGGCCCUGUGAUCGAGCUCUUCGACGAGAAGCCAUUUGUUGAGGAUGACUCAAUUGGCGUCUUGGCUUAUGGUGCCGAGGUUGCUGCCAAUGUUGAGCGGAUGGUGCCUCUUGAAUCAAUUGAUGAUUCCUUGGUGGUCACUAUGGGCACUGUGUCAUCUCAAUCUGGUGGUAAAGGAAAGGAAGCAGUUGAUCAUGGUGAUGUAAGGCAGAGCAACGUGGACAUGGAGAACACAGUUAGUACCAAUGAGGAGAAAAUUGUCAUGACAUCUGAUGAUGACAAGGUUGAUGGUGUGGUUGAUCGGCUGAUUGAUGAACAGAUUGCUGCCCUAGUCUUUGCGCCAGCUUGUAUAGAAGCUACACUUGAUGAUGGGAUAAAUGCAGGCAAAACCACGGAGGCCUUUGCUGAUCAUCAGUCUCCUGAGGAUGACAGUGGAUUGAAAGAUAAGGAUCAGAAAAUAUCAUUUGAAGAUGAGAUAUCUGAGGAUGAGCAAGCUGAACAAGCUACUCCACAACAGGAAUUGUGUGCCAUGCCAACAGAUCCUAGUGACCAUGAAUUUGUUGAGAGGUUAGACAGAAGUAUUGAGUUGGAGCGUUUUCCAUGGGCUGAGUCAAAGCAUAAAAUGAACUCUAUGCCAAUGGAAGCUUCUGAGCAUGUCACUGUAACUCAGAUCGAGGAGAAGGAUCAGAAAAUAUCAUUUGAAGAUGAGAUAUCUGAGGAUGAGCAAGCUGAACAGGCUACUCCACAACAAGAAUUGUGUGCCAUGCCAACAGAUCCUAGUGACCAUGAAUUUGUUGAGAGGUUAGAAAGAAGUAUCGAGUUGGAGCAUUUUCCACGGGCUGAGUCAAAGGAUAAAAUGAACUCUAUGCCAGUGGAAGCCUCUGAGCAUGUUGCUGUAACUAAGACUGAGGAGAAGCAGGUUCAACAAGCUGAGGUAAAUCAGGAGUUGGAUUCAAUACCAGUACAUUCCGGGGAGGAUGUUGAUGAAGAACUUGAAGGAGAGAGAACCGCACAGGCUGGGUUGGAACAAGAGUGUGACUCUGUGCCAAUUGAUUCUGGGGAACAUGGUUGCCUAACUUCAUAUGCUCAUACUGAUGAUGAGCAAGCUGAGGUGAAGCAGAAAGUCACUUCUGUAACAGCAGAUGUUCUACAGUAUGCAGCAGACAAUUUUAAUGUUAACACAAACACAUGGAAAGAAGAUAUUGAAGAGGAUCCAACUGAAGCUGCUCUAACGGCCAUACAUCAAAUUUCUUAUGAACCUUUGACAAGCUUAGACAAGUUCUCUCCGGAUCAUAGUGUCUCUGAAGAAGACAGAGAGCCUGAUACACCGACUCAUAUUGAAGGUAUAUGUGAUUCACAGGAACUGUUGGAUUCUAAAGCAGCUGCUUCUGAUGCUAAAUCUGUAGAUUCAAGUGUUGCUACUUUGUCUACUGAUCUGGAAAGCACUGAAUUGGUGAGCGUCGAUCAACUAAAAUCUGCUUUGGCUUCCACCCGCAAGUCAUUGAAGACCCUAUAUUCUGAACUUGAAAAUGAGAGGAACGCUGCUGCUAUAGCUGCUGAUGAAACCAUGGCAAUGAUAAACCGCUUGCAAGAACAGAAAGCUGCAAUGCAGAUGGAGGCGAUCCAGUACCAGCGGCUUAUGGAGGAACAGUCAGAGUAUGACCAAGAAGCACUGCAGAGGCUGAAUGAACUAGUUGUUAAGAGAGAGAAGGAGAAGCAAGAUCUGGAGAGAGAACUGGAGCUGUAUCGCCACAAGGUUCAUCUCUAUGAGGUAAAGAUGAGGAAAAUGUCAAGGCACAAGGCUGAUGACCAGAAUGGAUCAUCGUCAACUUCAUCGAGUGCUGAGGACAGUGAUGACCUUUCGCAAAGUUUCUAUGAAGGUGAUGAAUCGUCCCAUGGUCUUAAUGGAAGCAAUGGGAGUAUUCCUACAGAUGUUGUGCUACAAGAAACUGCCAGGCAUCUUGUUACCCUUGAUGGUUCACUACCUGAUUUUGAGGAAGAGAGACUCUCCAUACUGGAACAGCUUAAAGUGCUAGAGGAUAAACUUUUUGAUCUUGAUGAUGAAGAAUCCGAUAGCAUGAAGCAUUUGUCAGAAGAAAACCAUUUAAGUGGAGCCUCAAAUGGUUUCUCUGAUGAUGAUAGCUGCUUUAAACUUCAUGACAAAAGAAAAAGUGUAACCUACAGAGGAAAGAAGCUCCUUCCAUUGUUUGACGAUGCUACUGUGGAAGCUGGCAACAUCCCCCAAGGUGAUGAGGCACAUCAUUCAACAGAGGUAACACUGGACCUUGCUAGAGAGCAACAUAAGCUUGCAAUUGCCAAUGAAAUCGAUCAAGUAAAUGAGAGGCUGCACGCUCUUGAGACAGAUAAGGAAUAUAUAAAACAGUGUGUGAGGACUUUGAAAAAAGGAGGCAAAGGGUUUGAUCUUCUUCAGGAGAUAUUACAGCAUCUCCGGGACCUAAGAAGGAUUGAGCAGCGUGCAAGGAACUCUGGGGAGCUUUCGCCUCAUUACCUACAUCUUUACACGGACUGAAGAUCAGCUGCAAAGCCUGGUGCCUAUGUCCAGCCAAUAAUGAUAAGGAAAAAAAAGGAUUGCCGACUAACUAGUAUUGUCAUUGGAGAAGUUUUGUUGGUUCCCGGAGAGGAAGGAGCUCCUCCUGGAACACGUCACAGUCGGUUCGGCAAUGGCAUUUGGAGGGCAGAUCAUGGAGCAAUUCUGCCUUCCAAGGUCCAGGAUUUUUGUGGACCACUUCCCACGUUCUCUUUUUGUGUUGGUUUAGUUUUCCCGGGGGGGUUCCAAACUUUUGCCCAAGGGCAAGAGGGUUGGUUGGUGAGCCGCCCGUGGGGUGUGUUUGUGGGUUGUGGCGGCAAUCAUGGUCAUGGCCUUGUGCAAGCUUUAGAAUUCAUUAACCUGAAAACAUGCCGAUGCCAGCUUUGCUGCCAGAUAGAGUGAGUGAGUAUAAAAAGAGGGUAGUACGAGUGGGCUUCACUAGUUUUUGUUUUCUUUUUUCUAUAAAUUCUUUUCCUGUAAAUCUUCUAGCUGUAUGUAAUGUGCUUUCGGCUUCUGGAAUGAUGAGGUGUUGGGUGUGUGCAUAGCAUGACUGUUGUUUGAUGGAGCGCAUCGCCGUGACAGUCUUUCCCUUUUGUUC